AUGUCGCUUUGCAGGGCGAAUAAUGCGUUUUUUCUGAAGUUCAGUCGCGAAGCCAGUUCAUAUGCAGUCCUGGACGUUCUACGAAGCAACCAAGGAAAACCCUUCAUAAAAUACAAGCUAAACCGGAAAGAGGAAAAUUUCAUCCUCAAUUUUCAGAAAGCCUUCAAUAGGGAAUCAAAUGUAAAAGUUGAUGUGGACAGAUCUAAGAAGCAAAUAAAAUCGGCGAUUGAAGGACUUGUUAGCAGCCCGUGCUUGUACUUGUCGGAUAGAAAAUGGCUGUUGAACAACGUCUUUCGACUAAAAGACCUCGGUCUCCAAGAACGCCAGCUUCAAUCUCAAAUUCUCGCCGGAGCACUUUCCUCCCCAGAGCUCGACGCUUUAUUGAAAAACGACUAUUUCUACAAAUUCUGCAAACGCGACAGCAAAAAGCUCCCCGCCUUCAUUCGCAAUUUGAAACGAAGCUACAUUGCCCGCUAUUCUCAAGCAAAACAAGAUCUGAUUUAUGAAAGCGAGGAUUUCAAAGAAACUGUCUUCAAUAUGGCAAAAGAGGACCGGGAGGAUGCGAUGCACUCGAUGGUCUACCAACUCGUCCGAGCUGAAAGUGAAGAGAACAAGUUCGAAAUCGCCACGAGUUUCCUCGAAGCCGAGUUUUCCAAGAAGAAAUUUGCUCAUCCACAGGCUUGGCGAGAAGUACUGAUGAGAAACCCAGAUCAUCCGAUGCUCGAUCGCGUCAAACAAGAUGGAACACUUUCGGCGUUUGAAAUUCAGCUGGCAAAAUUGUUAAAUCCAAGCGGGGAGUUCCAAGUCGCCGAUUUUAUUGAACUCAUUGCUCGGCAAAACAUCUCAAAUGUCCUAGAAGGCAUCAAAUGUCUCCUAGAAUCAAACUUGGACAACCUAACAAAAAAGCGAACAGUGGAAGAGGUGAUACAAGCAGUUCCAGUUAUCAAAUCCGAAAUUCAAAAAGACCCCUUUAUUCUCCGGAAAAUCGUCCCUUACCUCAACGUCGAUAUGUUCCUCUCAAUGGAGAGUUCUUUCCGAAACACUUCCAAGGCAAAAAGCGACUCGCAGCUGAUCAAGCAACUCCAAUUUUCCGGAGGCCAUCAAAAUUUUUUCUUGACUCCAAAAGACGAAGUUCCAGAUUACUUCCUUCACUGGCUUUCUUCGAAUUCGGUCCAAGAUCUUGUCAAUUACUGCGAAAUGUCAUCAGAAAAUCACCUCGCAAAUAUUCUCAAAAGCGUUCGAAAUCCUCUCACAAACGAAACAGCAUUGAUGAUGUCUGAAAACGUCCCGCUUCUAGUUCCGAUCUUAGAGGAGAAAAAUCUUCUUUUGGACUUUGCUGUUUAUCUCGGAAACGUCGUCCCAGCGAAAGAGCUCAAGAAAAUCUUCGAAAACCAGGAAAUAAAUCGAAAUUAUUUUGACCUCGUCGCUUCGGGAAUGGAUCAUAAAACCGCGGAGCAGUUUUCGUUGAAGAGCAAAGAGGGUCUCUUGCUCUCUAGCGAUCUAUUCGCCUCCAGGUUUUUGAAGAAUCUACCAGAUUCGAAGCGACGCGAGUAUGAGGAUGAAAUAAUAAGAAGAGUGCAGAACGAGUUCAAAGAAGUCAACCGACUUGGAGCUUAUCGCUUCAAUAUUUCUCCAGCAAACACUAUCAACAAAAUUCUCAAUCAGAAAACCUCCCCAAAGUUCCAUACAAAGCUCCUUUCCGAACUUGAAAGUAUUCCAGCACCAGUGCUUAAGUACCUGAACGACGAAAACGCCCGCUUCAAUGAAAUAAAACAAGUUUUGGACAUGGAAAUAGCGCAAAAACUAACUCCUCUUCCAUUUGGCGAUGCACUCAAAAAGCUCAAAAACGAGCCAACGCUUGAAAAUCUUCGAGACCUUUUCGUUCUCUACAAUCAAGAGACCUUUCUGGAAGCAAGAAAUAAUUCUGCGGAAAUUUUCGGUCUCGUGAAAAGCUGUGUCGAUAAUUUGGAAAGGAGUUGGAAAACAGACGCAAUUAUGGGAGCUGUUGCGGAUACUCGCGCUUUGUUGCCAUCCCAAUUCGUUUUCAAAUAUCUAACCUUCGUGGCUGACCAGCAUCCAGAAGAGUUCACUGGUCUUCUCCACGCCGUUGUCAAGCCAAAAGAUUACGAGCACGUCAGUACUCUUCAGCGAGACGCCACCGAUGUCAUUUUCCAUUACUUGAGAAAUCUCGCUAAAACCGCUGAUUGGAAGGAAAUCAAAAACGCGAUCACCAGCUUUAGUAACCGAAUGAAAUUGGACUUACGAAGCAACAAAGUGAAAAUGGCAGAAGUAGCGACCGAAUGGGCAAGCCAGGAUCAGGAUAAUUUUUUAGAACGCGCGCUGAAGAUUCAAAAAGAAGAAAACAUCAAGAUCAUUGAUGGAAAGAUCUCAAAUGUCUUCAUUAACGAUGAUUUGUUCCGACUUCAAGUGACAAAGGAAGUGAGAGAUCGAGGACUAGAGCAAAAUGCGGCGAAGUUGUUGACGAUUUUCAACUUGGUCAAGGACAGAAAUCACAUUGCUGCUAGAGAACUUAUCAGUGCGAAUCCGCUGGAGAAACUGGACGAAGUCUACCUUGAAUCCCUUCUCGUCGAAUAUCAAAAAACUCAUCCGGUUUAUGAGCACGGUGUGGAAUUCUACAACGAGCUUCUCAAAGCUCUCGAGCCUGGCAUGUCUUCUGUUGAUGCUCAGACGAUGUUGACGACUGUUUUCUUCCAACUUAUCAAACUCCAAAUUCCUGCGAAGAUGAUGCUCGAAUUUGUCGAGAAUCUGGACGAGUUCAGUUUGCUGCCCGCCGAACAAGGAGCUCUCAGAAACUUUUUACUUGCAAAGCAGUACAUUUCCUACAAAACAGAUCCAGCCAUGGCCAAGUUUACCGACGCUAUCAACGAUAAAAACGUUGAGAAAGCAAUCGAACUUGGACGAAAAGAGGCGCAAGACUCUACUUCCUUUGUGAGAAGUAGAUUCAUCAUUCAGUCACUGUUACCGCUGAUAAGCAAAAGUCGCAACGAAGGACACCUUGAUUCACUGCUAGACAUCCUGGAUUUGAUGCCAUCGUUCCAACUUGGCUGGAAUGAAAAUCUUAGAAUUCUAACACGCUUGCUGGACGAGAAGAAGAUCGACAGAGCAGAGCUGAUUCUAAGGACGGCAAAACUUCCUCCUGUCGAAGAUGGAAGACACCAGCAAUUCAUCGAAAAGAUCACUGCUCUUUUGCGACUGUUUUCCGACGAUAAACCAGUCAAAUCGCUCCCGAGUUUGCGAAAUCUCCUGCAACUGGUGGCGACUGGACAACACGGAAUACCACCAAGCUUCGUUCCUGAAAUAUCCGAUCGGGUUCUGAUCGGCUCCUGGGAGCAGCACAAUCAUUCAAUUCAAAAACUACUGUACGUUCUCGAGAAUGAAAUUCACGGUCAAAAUCUGAAGUCAAAAAUUGACUUGUUCGCCGAUUACUUGGUCAAGAACAAAAUUUAUAACGCGGCAGGAGCGCUGCAGACGAUCGCAAAGAGCAAGUUCGAAUUGGAAAGGCAAAGACCAGAGCUCGAUGCUUCGCUCAAAGCGCUCAAUAUGGGAUUUUGUCUUGGAAUUAUAAACUACUCUGAUCCAAGAGCAAAUCUUUCUAACUACAACGACAUUUUAACCUCCGUGAAGAUUUCCGCCGCGACUUGUCGUCUUUUUAUUCUCAACUAUUUGCUCUCCUCGUUGACUGCGCAUGUCUUGAACCCAAAUCCCAGUGAUCUCGGCCAACUCGAAGCGAAUAUUCAAAGUUUAGUCCAUUGUCUUCCCCAGCCUGCCGACAGCCUCUUUGUGAUUCCAAUUUAUGUUCAAAAGUUCAAGACUUUACUGAAUUCGAUCCCAGCCGAGAAACGAGCUGAAGUUGUCUCUUUGUUACGAAGUUCGGGUAUUCCCACCGAGUCGUUAAACUAG